AUGAAAAUCGCUAUUUUGUGUGCACUCGUCGGCGUCUCGCUGGCCAUCCCCUACGAAGUUAGUUAUGGAAAGGCUGUCAACACCGGCCGAUCACAAGUGAUGCGAAAGGACGACGGUCACGGAAACUACGAGUUCGGAUACGAUGAGGACCACCACUCUGGAGGCACCUCCAGACGCGAAAAGGGUGGUAAGGGAUGGCAAACCGGUUCAUACGAGCUGAGAGACAGAGACGGACGCAAACGAACCGUGAAAUACGUGGCCGACGCCCACGGAUUCAGAGCUCAGGUCGACACGAAUGAGCCCGGAGUUGAUGCCAAAGAAGAUCCCGCAGACGUCAACAUCAACAAGAAUGGAUACGGUAUCCAAUGGGCACAACCCGUGACCACUUACAUCGCAAAGGCUGAGCCCCAGAUCCUCAUCGCUAAGGCUGAGCCCCAAAUCAUUUCGUACGGACAACUGUCUCUCGACAACGGAAACUACGGAAAGGGAUGGGCCUCGGGAUACGAGUCCUCCUGGGAUAAUAAUGGAAACUUGUACGGCAAAUACUAG